AGGUUCCCCGGACACACCAUAAAUUCAGAGACGAAUCAGCUCAUCCCAUUACCAUUCCACCCAACAUUCUCAGCUCUAAUCUGAAUUCGUACCCAGCAUCGGAGAGAGCGCAUUCCAUUUUCCAGCAAUGGCUGCUGCCCUUGUCGCGGUGCCGCGCAUGAAGCUGGGCUCGCAGGGGCUGGAGGUCUCGGCGCAGGGCCUCGGCUGCAUGGGCAUGUCCGCCUACUACGGCCCGCCCAAGCCGGAGCCCGACAUGAUCGCGCUCAUCCGCCACUCCGUCGCCGCCGGCGUCACCCUCCUCGACACCGCUGACAGCUACGGCCCGCACACCAACGAGCUCCUCCUCGGCAAGGCGCUGCAGGGCGGGGUGAGGGAGAAGGUGGACCUGGCCACCAAGUUCGGCGUCUCCUUCGUCGACGGCGGCAAGCCCGACUUCCGCGGCGACCCAGCGUACGUGCGGGCGGCGUGCGAGGGCAGCCUCCGGCGGCUCGGCGUCGAGUGCAUCGACCUCUACUACCAGCACCGCAUCGACACCAGGGUGCCCAUCGAAGUCACCAUUGGUGAACUCAAGAAGCUGGUUGGGGAAGGAAAGAUAAAGUAUAUCGGGUUAUCUGAAGCAUCUGCAUCAACAAUCAGAAGAGCUCAUGCAGUGCAUCCCAUCACCGCGGUUGAGCUGGAGUGGUCAUUAUGGUCUAGAGAUGUAGAAGAAGAUAUAAUUCCUACCUGCAGAGAACUUGGAAUUGGAAUCGUCGCUUACAGUCCACUGGGCAGAGGAUUCUUCUCUAGUGGGGCGAAGUUGAUGGACUCGCUAUCAGAGCAGGACGUCCGCAAGAAUUGGCCAAGAUUUCAGCAUGAGAAUCUCGACAAGAACUUACAGAUAUUCGAGCGUGUUAAUGAAAUGGCAAAAAGGAAAGCAUGCACACCGUCGCAGCUUGCAUUGGCUUGGGUUCACCAUCAAGGAAGCGAUGUUUGCCCCAUACCUGGAACAACGAAAAUAGAGAACUUCAAUCAGAAUGUGGGGGCACUCUCUGUAAAGCUCACACCAGAUGAGAUGUCCGAACUGGAAUCCUACGCUGCUGCAGAUAAUGUCCAAGGUGACCGACAUCCUCAAGCUGCUUACACCUGGAAGAAUUCUGAGACACCUCCAUUGUCAUCUUAGAAAGCCAAGUAGCUAUAUGUUCAGCUGUGCCUAAUUUCCCCGGUUCGCAGUCGGAAGACAAUAGAAGAACUGUUGUAAUGAUGCGGAGGUCGGAAUUUUUGUUCAACUAUCUAAUAAAGACAGCAGAGCAUGCUCAGGUGUUUACUUAA